AUGCCCAGCGCCGUCAUAGUUCAUGCUGCGGUAUUCACAGCAGGUGUUGUCCUGGGUGGAGGCAUCGCUGCAGCCGUUUCCAGCAAAACUGCCCCACCUCCACCUCCGCCACCUCCGUCUCCACCAGCCCGUAUUACCCCGCCUCCCAUAGUCGGAUUAGACGCAGCUGGAAAGACGUCGAUAUCAAAGGAAUUGUCGGUUGAGUCAAAUCUUCCUGUGCAGUUGAAAUACGGAAACCCAGGACCUGUAUCCGACGUAUUAAUCCGCAAAGCCUAUGUCGCAGGGUACGACAGACGUCUGCGUCACCCAGCCUGGACCGCCGAACACCUUACGCGUGCUUCUUUGAACAAACCUGACGGGGAACCUUCCGGAGACCGACAGAAUUCCAAGUUCAUCGAAGACGAGUCUAUCCCUUCCAUGUUCCGAGCGCGCCUACAGGACUACUUUAGAAGUGGAUAUGAUCGCGGCCACAUGGUUCCUGCAGCCGAUGCUAAAUCAUCUCAAGCGGCUAUGGAUGAGACUUUUUUACUUUCCAACAUGGCACCGCAAGUUGGAGAUGGAUUUAAUAGGCAUUACUGGGCAUAUCUCGAAGACUGGUGCCGACGACUUACCGGUAGCUUCCAGGAUGUGUACAUUUUCACCGUACCUUUAUAUCUUCCCCGACAAGAGGCGGACGGAAAAUGGCGAGUGACGCAUGAAGUUAUCGGCUCUCCCCCUAAUGUCGCGGUCCCUACUCAUUUUGCCAAAGUGGUAUUAACCACGAAGCCGACAUCUCCUUCGACACCCGAUGUCCUAGAACUAUCGACUGGCGCUUUCGUUCUGCCCAAUGCCGUUAUCAAAGACGAAACGCCCCUGCAAAGCUUCAUAGUUCCUGUGGAUGCUGUCGAACGCGCAGCCGGUCUUACUCUUUUCUCUGAUGCUGUCAAAUCUGGUUCGAAGCACAUUUGCCAAACUACAAAAUGCGACGUAAUUGUUCGCAGAUUCGACGACGCACAAAAGAAAGGUCGCAAAGCCAUUGCAGCUCCAAAGUAA